AUGGAAAAUUUUCUUCUUCUUUCUCUUCUGUUUUCCAUGGCAAUUAUCACAUGUUCCGCCACUACCUACACUGUCGGAGAUAACUCCGGCUGGGACAUUAGCAGCAACCUGGAAACUUGGGUUGCUGAUAAGACGUUCAAGAUAGGCGACGCUCUUCUUUUUCAAUACUCGUCUACUUAUAGCGUUGACGAGGUUACGAAACAGAACUUUGACACGUGCAACACAACGAAAGUGCUGGCGAAUUACAGAAAUGGAAACACGACGGUGCCAUUGACAAGAGGCGGAGACAGGUAUUUUGUAUGUGGAAACAAAUUGUUUUGUCUUGGUGGAAUGAAACUCCAUGUUCAUGUAGAUGAUGAUGGAAAAUGGAUUUCGCCGGCUUUGGCGCCUAAAGCAGUGGCUGGAUCAGAUCAAAGGACAGGUACAUUUCAAGAGUCUCCUUCAGGAAAGAAGAGUACACCGUUUUCAAAUGGAGUUGCAAAUUGUGCGGAUAUUGUUUAUAUUGCUGUUGCUACAAUUUUAUAUGGGAUGCUGCAGAUUUGA